AUGGACCAAAAACAAGUUAUUGAAUCGUAUCGAGAAGAAUUAAACGCGUUGCGUUCGAAACUAUGUCAACUAGAAGUUGAUUCAAUAGAAGAAAAAGCUUCUAAUGAAGUACGUAAAUGGCGGCAAAGUUUUGAUGCAUCUUCGUCACGUCAAAUGGAACAAGUACUUAAUGAAAUGGAGAAACGUAAACAAACAGAAGUCAGUCAUUUAGCCAAUGAACUACGUACUUCUCUCGACCAAUUCAAAGGAACUAAUCUUAAACGUCUUGCUGAACUUGAUGCAUUUAUUUCAAGGAUAGGUCUGGAUGAUGAAAUUCAACUAGAUUAUGUUAAAUUUGAAUUAGAUUCGGUCACCAAGAAAAUUGAUUCACUUUAUUUUAACAUUAUUGUACAGGUAGUUGAUAAAUCACAUCGACGACGUUCAUCAACUGUACUCACUCGAAAUACACUUGAACUGGUUAACGUAUUCGAGUUUAAAAAACCGCAAUCAAUCUCCAAUCCCUCGUCUAGUUUUCUUGGUCCACUUCGAAAUUUUUUCCGUCGUGCAUCGUCGGGUGGAGCAAGUUAUUACAAUAUGGAUUUUCUUGGGCCACAAAAAUGUACAUAA